GCGAACGAACGAUCCGAUCCUCAGCGAUCCGUUACGGUUGCAGCCAGGAACAAGCUGGCAGUGACCCGUAAUACUAACAACCGUGGCGCAUUGAAAGAGAAGAAUACUCCCGCAUGUGAGGAUCGCAACAAAAGUGUUAUGCACUAUGAAGCUUUGCGUAAACAACGGCUGCCAAGCAUGACAGUGGUAGAUGGUGCUAUGGAACAGUAUGGGCGAGGUGCUUUCAAAAAGCAAAUUGAUGGUGAUGUUGCUGACAUUCCCGUUUACAUCAGAGAAAAAAAUUGUACUGUUUAUGGUCGAAUUGUGCAAACUGGUUUUAAGGCAGAAGAAAUUGUGCCGUGUAAUAAUCUGACACCUGAACAGGUCAAAAUACUCGAAGCAGAAGGUAUUUUUUUUGGCAACCAUGAAAAUUCCCGAUAA